ACGGAAGAGUUGAAUCAUUGUUUAUUGAUACUUUUAAUUUGUUAACAACAGACUUUGUUGUGGCGAGCGAUGACAAAUUUCUGAAAUUGUAACUUUGAAUAAUACUAGUUAAUACAUCAAGCCUCAAGAUGGAAACUAACGAAGUAAAUAAGAUGGACUCUGCAGUGCAUGUUAAUAUUAACAGGUCUAUAAGAAUGCUACACUUCAGCGACGGAGUAGAGGAAGAAAUAGAAGAAGAAAAGGUGAAUGAACUUCAAAGUGUUAAAAAUAUUGAUGAAAAUAUAGAUCCAAAAUCAUUAACAUGGGGACCUUGGUUUUCACAUUAUGCUUCAAGGUCUGGAUCAAAGGUUCUGAAUGCAGUGGAUUAUGCAGGGGAAUCAUUAGCUAAUUUCUUUGGAAUAACAACGCCUAAAUAUCAAAUCGAGAUCAAUGAAUAUGAAAGAUUACAAGAAGAGAAAAAGAGGAUAGAAGAUGAAUCAGCCGGUUGGGUGCCAAAGAAUGGAGGAGGUGAUAUACCUCUAGUCCUAAAUGAACCUUUAAAAGUUAUGGGAAACUAUGAUAACAUGCAAGUUUAAAGAUUUCAAUGACUAAUGGUGGGAAAAAUUGUAAUAUUAGAAAUUAGUCUAGGAAGUAAUCAGCUUCAAAUUUACAGAACACACCAGUCUGCACUUUUUUAUAAUGAGAAAUAAACCCCAAUAUAUAAAAUUUAGAACAUUUUAUGAUUUUCUUUUAAGAAUUAUUUUUUUGAAUAUUAUUUAUAUUUGUAAAGCCAGCACAAAAGGUAAGGUCAAACCAUAUUUACACAUUAGCUUUGUAAUCAUUAUGAAAUAUCUGAAUCAUUGGGAUCAGAUAUUUUACAUGAAUUUUCUUUACAUAGCAGACUUAAUUACUUAUUUACAAUUAAAGUCUUUAGUCUUUACAAAGUAAUAUUUGCACUUAUUAGCAUAUAAAUGACAUUUGUUGAUGUAAAGUUAGAAUAGGAAUUAAUAGUCACAAAUAUGUAAUAAUAACUUGUUUAUAUAUUUUUUUUUUAUUUAAAA